CGGAAGUGACAGUCCACCCCACACAACCGUAUCCAUUCACGACGUGUAGUAGAAAAAAAAACCCUUAAGAAAAAAUGGCCUUGGAUAAUGAGCUAGCAGUGGAUAUAAUCCAAAGUGUGGGCCGCUACUGGUCAGACAAUGAACACAGUGACUGUAGAAUUUCUGUGGAUGGCCAGGUGUUUCAGGCCAGUCGCUUCCAUCUCAGCGCUUGUUCAGAGUUUUUCAGGCAAGUUUUUCACACUGAGUCUAUCACACACAAGGAGAAUAUCGUCAUUAAGGGGAUCAGUGCUGAUGUGUUUAGCUGUGUCAUCAAGGCGUUGUUUACAGGAGUUGUUGGACUUGAUGAAUCAAAUAUGGUAGAUGUAUGGCUGGCUGCAAGUUAUUUGAAAAUUGAUUUUUUGGUCAAGAAAUCUGAGAAGUUCAUUGAAGAGCAUUUGACAGCCCAGAACUAUGUUCAACUGUAUGAGAGGAUUUCUAGCUUGGACUCUGCUGAAAUCAACAAGAAACUGGUCGAUUUGAUGGCUCAAGAUUUUGAAGCGUUUAGACAAACAGAAACUUUCUUAAACCUGCCAUCGGAAAUGGUUAUCAAAAUUGUAGAAAUUGGAGAGAUUAAGUCCCAGGACAAUUUAGUUGAGUCGGUGCUGAAAUGGGCCAGUCAUGUCCCUAAAGAUGUAGUCGGGACAUUCGGUCUUCAGUUGUAUCAUGACUUCCAGGAUCUCAUGGAGAAAAAUCGUGACGAUUCUUGUGUAACCUUUGGCUUCAGUAAAGAACACGUGUGUCAGUUUGUGGCCGAUGACGUCACCAGGAGCCAAAUUCUGGGCCAGUUGAUCAAGAAGGUGAAUCUUGGUGAACUCAGUGAAACUGGCCUGAAGAUGAUCUAUGAAGACAAGCUGGCUAUAGAACAUCACGAUGUGAAGGAUGUCGUCAUGCAUGAAUUCGCAGCACGAAUGUUGUACAGAACCGACAACAAAACGGUUGCAGUUUACCAGAAUACACAACCUGAUAGCUCGUCCAGUGACUCGCAGUUGACCAAUGUAGAGUGUGAAGACAAGCAACUGGCUAAAACCGUUGAAAAACCUGUCGACAUAGAUUUAAGAGAAUUCAGUUUAGGGCAUAUUAAGAGCUACCAUAUUUUCGAGGUCCCUGAUUGGGUGGUUGCAAGUUACGACAGGAUUAAAAAUUACGCCCAGCCUCAGACUGCCGUGGAUCUAUCAGAAAAAUGUUACUUAGAAGAAAGUGUUGUGUUUUUUACAAAUCAAACUUUUGUUAUGUUCUAUUUUGAAAAACAUAAAUUUUAUAAAUUGUUUGAAACAGAAAGUAAAAUAAAACAAUUUUAUGUCUUUGAAAAUAAUCUUUAUUAUAGCCAAGAUGUAGAUAAAGACUGGACGAUUACAAUGAAAAUCACUGGCCCAAAUCAAUCAACAUUAAUAUAUCAAGGCUCUAUAAAAAAUUCAACAUCCUUUAACAUAAGAUAUUUUAUUGCAUUUCCUUUUAUCUACAAAAUUGAACUGAACAAAGCAAAAGUAAUUGUUUCGAGAACUGUCAUUAGAGAGAGCAGUAAUGAUGUAUGGACAACUAUUCUGAGCGAUGAAAUCUCGAACUCCGACGACCCUCAUUUUAGCUUUUACUACACCUUAGUAAAAGGAAACAAUAUCAUCUUGUUUCUGUCGGGUGACGAAAGUAAAAUUGUUUACUUUGAUGUCAACUCUCAUCAACUUCAUCAUAUACACAGUGUAGAAUGUGAAAUGGCUAACUAUAAAAUAUUCGAAAUGCAUGGAUUUUAUUUCAUGUUACUUGGCAAUGGUCUGUUAUUUCAGAUUGUCCAUAAAGAAAACAUUAGCAUUAUCUUCCGUCAAAUAAUGUGGAAAGGCACUUUAAAUUUGCAUGGCGUAUUCCACCAGAGAAUGGGUUGUAGCUACAGCCUGUAUGUGUUCACGGAUAAAAGAGCAAAUGUGGAAACUAUUGGUAGGAAUACAUAUAAUAUAGGCCUACAUCAAGUUCAUUUGGACUCUUUUAUUUUCAAUCGGCAAUGUGAAUGUAUGGGAGUUCAUCAUAGCUGGCUUAUAAAAGAAUUGGUACGUUAAAAGUAAUAUAUAGUGCUGCAAGUUCAAACGUUUUUCUUUUAAAUAGUAACUCUUAUUUGUAUUUAAACCAUAACUAAAAUAUUAAGCAUAAAUUACUAUUAAAUGAAUAAUUUAAAAGGGGAAGUUGGUGUCUUUUUCCGUAAAAUCUCUGCAGAUAGUAGGCUAAUUAUGCAUUAAGUUGCAUCUAAGUUGAUGUUCUAGAUUCUAAAAGCUAACGCCUGAUGCAUAGAACUUACAAGCUUUUCAAAUUUUGACGAUUCACAUUGUUAGGAUACACCACGCAGAAAGCAACAAAGUUCAAUUUAUGUAACAAUCAAGUAAUUUAUCUGUUUACAUAGAACAAAACAAAAAUGUCGCCAUUUAAUUUAAAAAAAGGAAUCUUAGAAGCUGAUAGAUACAUUUAUGUAUAAGAUGUAUCUAUUUUUAACAGCGUGAUAAAGAAUGUGUAUGUAGAAUUUAAUAAACUUUUUUUUUAUGUAUGAUGAAUCUCCUUGUUCAAAUUAAAUCUUAUUUCUCAAGUCAGAAAUUCCAAAAACAAAACAUGAGUUUAAUGUGCUAAUUACAUUUGUUCAUUUUUGUUCUAAAUCUGU